AUGGACGUUGCUACCGACUUUACGCUACGGGCAUAUGUCGAAGUUCGCAAUCGACACGAGUUUGGCCGCAGGAUUUACAACUGGCAGGUUUAUAUCCGCCCAGACGGCUGCGGCCAAGGUCUCCAGCUGGUGCCACCAUCACAAGGCCUAGGCCCGACGGUAUUCUGGUACGAUGGCGAGCAGAGCGUCAUACGCGCCGCAGGUGAGCACGGCGUUCCGGCGGCCCUGCUUAUUCAACAGGAGAUCAAGCACGGCGUGCGCGAUGUACAGCUGUCUUGUAGCAACAGCUCGUCACCUAUGGGUAUAGGCGUUGUUGAUGGGCUGCCAAUGGUGCAGUAUCAAGAGGCAAAAGCGUCGCGUAGCGCUCGAAUUAUGGCGUGUCAGGAUGGCGACGACGUCAAGGUUGGGUAUCGACCGAAGGCAACAAGUCCACUUCCAGACGUGUGCGCUGAGAUACAGCUCACGGCGGAGUGUGUGCAAGGACAGGACCACGGACUCAGUGAUAUUGCGCUUUGUUGCGGCUCAACAAAGAAUGGCCAGUGUCGCCACGCUCGUUAG